UCUUCUCUCUUUAAUUAUCCUAUUUUUAUAACUUUUCUUCUUUCCUCGUCCGACUCAAACUCUGUCUUUUCCUCUCAACACCUCAAACUAAUGAACUAUAUAUAUAUAGGUCUCGCUUGGGAACAUAACCUUAGUUCAUUCAUAUUUCAAGCAAUUUCCACUUCUAGCUAUCAUCGUAUUCAUGAAAUCUCAGACAUAUUUUUCUCCUAAUGCUUCAAUGGAUUCUUCAAUUGAUAAGAAGAGUACUCCCAGUUCAUCGCCCAAACAAUCAACUUUCGCAAGAUUACGUAGAAAACUCUCUCCAAGAAAGCCCGACUCGCGUUCUAUUUCAGUAGAAAGCAGUGCCUGUAGCACAAGCAGUGGCGAGAUACAAACGGUGUUCAACUACUUCGAUGAGAAUGGAGACGGAAGAAUAUCAGCAGCUGAGUUACAAAGCUGUUUGAGAACUGUGGGAGGGGAGCUGUCCGCGGCUGAAGCUGAAGCUGCCGUACAGUCUUCCGAUUUAGACGGAGAUGGGCAUUUGGACUUUUACGAGUUCCAGAAGCUGAUGGAGAACGGAAAUGCUAACGAGGAGCAGAAAAAUAGUGAGCUAAGAGAGGCUUUUGGGAUGUACGUUACGGAAGGGUCGAGUUACAUCACCCCAGCCAGUCUCGAGAGGAUGCUCAGCCGUCUGGGUGAGUCCUCCUCCAUCGACGAUUGUAAGGCUAUGAUCCGCGUCUUUGAUCUUAAUGGCGAUGGGGUCCUCAGCUUUGACGAAUUCGCUGUGAUGAUGCACUAAACAGUUUUUUCUUGGUCUGAGUAGUUUGUAGUCGACAAUCGAUUGCAUGUAUUCUUUCAUUGUUUCCACUGUACAUUGUUAAGUAAUCCCUUGGUUGAUUAUUUGUUCUACUUUUAAAUAAUUGAAUUGAAUUGAUUUCUUGCUC